UACAGUUAGAAGUGGUUGUGUGGGAGUUGCUCCUGUACUCUUGUGCUAUGAGAGUUGGGUAAUGUGUUGAAAAAAAGAGAAAAUGCUAUUACUUAGUUAAGCGCACGUGAGGGAUCUAUUUUUGUGCAACGGAGUGUUUACACAUUAACCAGUCCACUAUCAAGAGCGGAGCCUGCAGGAUAAUUACCUUGUGCAGCGUUAAAGUCCCUCGUUGACAGCCUUCCAGGUACCGGCGUGUAACAGCUCGACCAUGACGGCGCCCAGGUCCUCGGCAGGGAGGGGGAGAGGCGCCGCGUGAGGAACUCCGGCCGGAAGGAAGCCCCGAGAGCGGGGCACGAUGCGUCUGUUCCGGCGGCGCCACAGCGACCCCCGCAUCGUUUCCAGCCCGAGCAAAGAUGUCGUCGCCGCCUCGCCCGCCCCGCAGAAGGGCGGCCCAGCCACGCCCGCGCCGCAGAAGGGGACCUCGACGACGCCCUCGCGAGGCGUCCUCUCCCAAAGGGCGCCCUGGAAGGAGGGAGACGAGGUGAGGAGCGCCAAGAGGGAGGGCAAGGGUGGCGGCCCGCACUACCAGACGGUGACGGCGGUGCCGGCGAGGGUGCUGGAGACGGCCCCUGGCCACGUGGGGGAGGCGCGUCGGGAAGAAGCUCGAGCAGCUGACGCGGACGCCCAGCAAGGAGAAGGUCAGCCCCAACAUGUUCUCCAGAAGCAGCUCCACCAGAUCCGCGGGGACCGGCGCCUCUCCGCCGUCGUCGGGGGGCGCGUCCUGGGGCGGCAGCUCCGUGCCCGGGACGCCCUCCCCGGAAAGCCGCAGCGGCGAGGCGCGGCAGCUGUACCGCUCGUGCUCGGCGUCGCAGCUGGGCACGUACCUGGCGGGCGACGACCCGACGGCGGGCCUGGACCUCAGCACGUCCCCGCCCGCCGCCCCCCCAUACAUCCCGACGAAGACGGUCAGCUGCGAAAACAUCGCCUCCCUGGGCGGCGCCAGGGCGUCGUUCCCCCACGCCUUCCUGCGCUCGCGCCCCCAGGCCGCCAGCGCGCAGCAGGCGGAGAGCCACGAGCAGCACACGCCCAUCCUCGAGACGCCCUCGCGGCCGCCCAGCAAGCGGCUGACGACCCUGCGCGACUCGGUGUGCGACGAAGACACGAGGGAGCUGAUUCGGCAGAAGCUGCGCGCCGUCUCGGAGGAGAACUGCGCGGCGAGCCCCGCCCUCCGCAACCUGAGCGGCCUCAAGCUGCGGCUGCACCCCAUCCCGACGCCCCUGCAGCCGCGCUCGCGCUCCUUCUCGGCGACGGCCAUCUCCGAGCCGGACGCUGUGGCCGAGCGCCCUCCGACCCGCCACGGCGCGCGUGCACAUCGCCCCGACAGAUUCCGCGCGCGCAGCGAGGGCCGGUCGGCGGCGGUGUACCUGAGCAGCAACGAGAGCGGCUACGAGUCCGACGGCGCGAGGCAGGAGUCCCCGAAGGCGCGGGCGAAGAAGGCGGAGAGCGACGCGGACUCCGGCGUGAGCACGGAGAGCCACUCGGAGACCAACUCCGACUCGGGCUCCCUCGCGGGCGCCGACAGCGCCGGCCUCGACGCCUGCGCCAAGCUGGACGCCUGCGCCAAGCUCGACGACCUCGCCAAGCCCGACGGCUACCCCAGGGCCGACAACUACGCCAGGCUGGAGGAGCUGGCGCGCGAGCCCUUCUCGCACGCCAGCAGCGACUACGCCGCCUGCAGCGUCACGCCCAAGUACAGCGACGACUACACGGACUACAGCCGGGUGCUGCGCCACAGCCGGCUGGAGCGGCAGAGCAGCGGGCCGUCGCCGUCGCCGUCGUCCAAGUAUAACCUGACGGACGAGGAGAAGCUCGUGCCGGGGCGGUCGCGCGGCCCGCGGCGCCUCUCCGACCCGCCCGACCUGAUGAGUCGGCGCCAGCGGUUCCUGGCGUCGCAGCUGGAGCGCCGCACGUCGCCGCUGAGCCCCCUGCGAGGCGCCCUCAGCGUGUUCCGCGAGGCCUCCGAGGACGGCGAGCGGUGUGCGUGGUGGGACGAGUCGAGCACGCCCCUGCGCGGGCACCUGCGGGCGGCGGCUCUCGCGCACCCCGUGCCCGAGUCCUACUCCACGGCGCCCCUGUCGCUGCCCGUGUCCCUGGCGCGCUCCCCCACGCCGCGCACCUUCCGCCUCAUGCGGCUCGUUAAGGACCACACGGGCGAGCUGGGCAUCUACAUCACCGCCCGCAGGAACGCCCGCGGGGCCACCACCGGGUACGUCAUCGCGCACAUCGAGAAGGGCGGCCUCACCGACAGAGACGGCCGCUUCCGCGUGGGCGACGAGAUCAUCAACGUGAACGGGCGGCGGCUGCGCGGCGUGACGCUGGACGAGGCGCGCCACAUCCUGCGCAGCACGCCCAAGGAGGUGGACAUCGUGAUCGCGCGCGAGCUCUACACGGCCGACCGCGCCUUCCGCCAGGAGCUGCUGGACGCCGACGACGUCCUGGGCGUGCGGCGGGAGCACUUCGUCCCCUACUCGGACCGGAGCCUGCCACGGCGGCGGGGGUCGUACUCCGACUACGACGACUACGGCGACUACAGCACCCUGGCGCCGCUGGAGACGUACCUCCCCGGCUACGACCCCUCCCGCGCCAAGAAGCCUUCCACCACGACCCUCGCCGCCCCGUGCGUGGGCGACGACUACUACGACGUGCACGCGUCCCGCAAGAGCAACCUCCCGCGCUACGUGGACGGCGAGGCGCGCUACUGCUCCUCGCAGGACGUCCGCGCCGCGGUGGACGUGCGCUACUCGUCCGCCAGCGACGUCAGACUCUGCGCCGACAGGACCUUCGACGCUGACAUCUACAAGUCGAAGCUGAUCCACGUGGAGCCCGAGGGCGCGCCGGCCGAGGCCCGCCAGUCCAGCCUGAUCCCCAGGCUGUCGACGCCCCACAGGACGCUGGCGGAGAGCCGAUCCAGCCCCGCCACGCCCUCCAGGAAGUCCCCCUUCGGCGCCAGGAAGUACCCCCCCAUCACGCAGCGCUUCGCCAGCCCUCAGGGCUUCGCCAGACUGCCGUCGCCCUCCAAGUCGGAGCCGCGGGGCCUGAGCUCGACGCUCCCGCGGCGGCCCAAGAGCCUGUCGAUGGCGGUGCAGACGGUGGUGUUCGAGAAGGGGCGCGGCCGGAAGUCCCUCGGCUUCUCCAUCGUCGGGGGGCGCGACUCCCCCAAGGGCAGCAUGGGCAUCUUCGUCAAGACCAUCUUCCCCAACGGCCAGGCGGCGGAGGAGAACAAGCUGAAGAACGGCGACGAGAUCUUGGCUGUGAACGGGGAGUCGCUGUCGGGCCUGAGUCACGCCGAGGCCAUCGCGGUGUUCAAGUCGAUCCGCGCCGGCAAGGUCAUCAUGCACGUCGGGCGGAGGACGGCCGCCAGCAGCAGAUCUUCCAAGUCGAAAUCCUGUGACGAACUGGACAAGAUGGAGUGAAGGGCGAGAACGCAGGUCCUCCUCCCUCAGCGACGGGCAUCGAUCGGGCUGGUUCCUGCCCCGGGCGAGUCGGGCGAAGCCGUGAACGGACUCGCCUCCCCCCCAAAAAAAAGGAAAUUUGAGGCAGAUUUAAGAUUUGCUUGAUGCUAUUUGUGUCGCGAGAUGGAAAUGAAAAUGGCAGGAGAGGAAAAGGAAAAAAAAACUUGUAAUAACGUCUCCGUAUGAUUUUUAAACCCCCUUUUUAGGAGGGAAGUGCUGACCCGAGAUAGUCGGGUUCGUUGUGUACGGGUUUGGAGCAACACCCUCGUGAAUCGCAUUUUAAAAGAAGUUUAUUUUUUAGUGGAACCGCCGAUGUAUAGUAUACGCGGUUAUAUUAUGCGAUAAUUCCCGGAAGGAGCGCGGGAAAAGCCUUUAUUUAUGCAGUGUACAUAAUUUUUUUUAUAGCUUUAAAGGGAACUUCUCUCUUUUGUUUUAAAUGAAAGUUUCGGAGGAUUUAUAAUUUUGUUUUGAUUUUUUAAGAAUAAUAAUUCAAGUGAAGAAAAGUAAGUGCAAGGUAUAAUCUGGAAAAAAACGCAUCGCACAAGAAAAUAAAGGUCGAUUUUGGAAAAAGGAAAACGACCCUGUCUUCAGGCCAGCCGGUCGCCGUCGCCUCGGCGGACGUUGCGGGAAAAUCCUCCUACAAUGUGGGGGGGAAAUAAUGCAGUGCAAUGCAACUCGACGUUCGGCCUAGCGGAGAAAGUGAAGAAAAAAAUAUCAGCCCAACAUCAGUAGAAAAAAGUGAGAUAGAAAAAAAAGUGAGAUUAAUAUAAAAAGGGGCGAAAAACGGGGUAGAUUCUGGCUUUAAAACACUUUAACGGCUCCUCAUUUCGAUGCGAGAGAGCUUUCGAGAAUAAUAAUCUAAUAAACGACCUCUGUACAGUUCGAUAUGAUAGAGAAAUUUAUUGUAUUUACAGUCUUACAUAUUGUAUAAACACAACUAGUUUACGAGUUUAUGUAAGAGUAUUUUUUGCCAGAUUUAUUACGAGUUUAUGUACAGUUUGUUUAAUACUCAGCGUGCUCUGAGAUCAGUACAAUAUAGUGCUACUUAAUCUUAGAUUUCAUAGUAUCAGAAAAUCACUGUACAUACAUUAGACUGCACAAUUUUAUAACACUUUCUUCUAGACCUUUUCUCUGUUUUAUUUGUUUUUUGUUCUAGUCUUUUAUUAAUUUUUCUUUCUGUGAUUUUUUUUUUGUAAAAUAAAUAUUCCCAGUGAAUU